AUGCAAUAUAUAAGAAAAGCUUUGGGUUGUAUGUAUGGACAAGUCAUCGGUGAUUCAUUAGGAUCGCGAUAUGAAUUUCAAUCUGCUUCAAUUGUUCAACAAAUGAUAGCGGAAGAUUUGGUAGAAUCUUUUCUACCAAUUAUUGGUGGUGGACCAUUUCACCUUCUGCCAGGACAGGUUUCUUUCUUUAUCUUAUUUCUUCAUUAUUAUCUUUAA